AAGAAUCAAAGUCAGAAAGUAAUAGAAACCUUUUUUUUUUUUUAUCAAUUUCAGUAUUCAAACACGGCAUCCUUAGGUCAAAGCCUGAAUUGAAUAGUAAUCCAGCCCAAACAGAUGCCCCUAGUCAUUUGCAGGAUAGAAAAUUUUAUUAAAUUUUCUUAUGAAGCAAACUUAUUAAAAUUUUCUUCUUUUCCUUUUUUUGACACUCCUUGAGUUGAUAAGUUGCCUUAUUUAUUCAACGUGUCUAACUUCUGUGGCGCUUGUUGUAUCCUAGAAUACGUAACAUUAGGUUACCUUGCACAUCUCACUGCAAGGGCCCAAACCAAACCUCUAACAUGAGAGACUUUUACAUCUCACUGCAAGGACAGACUAAACUAAAUCUUUCACUUGGAAAUUUGGCACUCCCAUCUAGCCAUUGAUCUUUAUAUAUUUUCCUUCAUUCAUUGGACCGACUUUCGUAUUAUUUGUAAUAGAACUUCCCACGAUGGACCAUUCACACUAUCACAACGACCCACAGAUACACAAUCCAGGUGUGAAAGCCCCUUUCAAAAGCCCUCAUGGUUGGUUUGAGGCAAGCUCGCAAGGGACAAAAAGUUUAGAAAUGUCAAAUUACGAUUCUAUUCAUUCAACCCCAAUCUAUCACUCAACAUGAUCAUCCAAGAUCCGUCAUGUCUCCUUUGGAAUAGUAUAAGUUUGAAAAUUCAUUGCUUCUUUUCUUUCUUUCCGUCUCCUUUACGUCCGUUGGGGCUGCGUUUUCAUCCAAGACGGAAUCUGAAUCUUUGAUCAAUCCUGACAAACCAUUUUCUUUCCCUUUCUUUCCUGUGGAGUGUAUUGACUUUCAUUUAUAUGUUUAAAAAUUAAUUAAAUUUUUUUAAAAAAUAUUAAUUUAUUCCUAUUUUAUUAUUUUUACAUAUCAAACUAACAGAUACCAUAUUUGGGUUAACUUUUAACUUCUAUAUUUGAUACUAAAAGAAGUCAAAAAAAAAUUAAUUUAGAAUAUGUAUUUUAAAAAUUAUUUUAUUAAAUAUAAUAAUUAUUAUGGUAGUUUUAAAAUUUUUGAUAAUUUUUUUAAAAUCAUUUUUUUUCUCCUUUUAUUAAAAAUGAAUCUUUUCCGGAAGAAAUUCUCUAUUUUAGAAACUGAAAACUUGAUUGGAAAGAAUUAAAAAAAAAAAAAAUCAUUCCUAUCAUGGAAGAAUCUUCCUUGUUUAAAAUUCAGAAUGAAACAAGGUUGGCAUGAAAGUGAGUAAAAUUGGAAGACAAAUGAUUGUUUUUAAAAUGGGGCACAUGCAUUCAAUUUAAUGUUGGCAUGUUGAGGGGUUUUUAUAAUAUGAACCCAUAAUAAGCCUCCAGGCAGAGUGGCGACUGCCCACGUCACUCGCAUCUUCAACUCCAUGCCCCGCGGGUCAACGGCACACCGUUGGGAGCUUUAUUUGACCUACAUCAAACACUCUCGCUAUCUCACGUCUCAAUUGGUAAUUUGGUACGUCGAUGAAAAUCCGAGGUGGGAAUGAGUGCUGAGGUAGAGAUGAUUCAGAUGAAUCCCCAUUGAAUGGCUGUUUGCAAUUAGGAGGGUCCCACGAUCGAGGACUCCCAGAACGAGGGAGGAGAGAGAGAGAGAGAUUCAAAUUUGAAUGAUCGAUUGAUAUAAAGCAAGGUCCUUUGUUCUGUUCUUUCUGGUGGGUGUUUGAAGAGUCUCCACUGCAAGAUGGGUUGGGAUCGUAGUGAAAGGUCUCUACCUUCUCAAGUUGAGGACGGAAUCGCCGACUCCGGCCAAUCUCGUCUCAGCCAGCUCGGUUACAAGCAGGAACUCAAGCGUGAUCUCUCGGUUGUUUCGAAUUUUGCGUUUUCGUUUUCGAUCAUUUCGGUGAUUACUGGGGUAACCACUCUAUACAAUAGUGGGUUGACGAACGGUGGACCUGUUGUUAUGGUGUAUGGGUGGCUUAUAGCUGGUGGAUUCAGUAUGCUAGUUGGGUUGUCGAUGGCUGAGAUAUGUUCUUCAUACCCAACAUCUGGAGGCCUCUACUAUUGGAGUGCCAAACUUGCUGGCCCAAGUUGGGCACCCUUUGCUUCAUGGAUGACUGGCUGGUUCAACAUUGUUGGUCAGUGGGCUGUUACAACAAGUAUCGAUUUCUCCCUUGCACAGAUGAUUCAGGUGAUCAUUCUUCUUAGCACAGGUGGAGCAAAUGGUGGUGGAUAUGAGGCAUCUAAAUAUGUAGUUAUAGCUUUCCAUGGGGGAAUUCUGCUUAUGCAUGCUAUAUUAAACAGUCUUCCCAUCUCAGUGUUGUCCUUCUUUGGGCAGCUUGCUGCAGCAUGGAAUAUUGUAGGUGUCUUUGUUCUUAUGAUUCUCAUUCCCUUGGUUGCCACAGAGAGGGCAAGUGCCAAGUUUGUUUUCACUUACUUCAACACUGAUAGUGCCGAAGGAAUCAACAGUAAAGCUUAUAUAUUUGUCCUUGGGCUUCUAAUGAGCCAGUAUACCCUAACUGGGUAUGAUGCAUCUGCUCACAUGACGGAAGAAACCAAGAGCGCAGAUGUAAAUGGACCAAGAGGAAUAAUUAGUGCCAUCGGCAUAUCUGUAAUUGUUGGAUGGGGUUACAUAAUUGGUAUCACAUUUGCAGUUACCGACAUUUCAUACCUUUUGAGUAGCACCAAUGAUGCUGGUGGUUAUGCCAUUGCUGAAGUAUUUUACCAAGCAUUCAAGAGCAGGUAUGGCAGUGGAGUUGGAGGAAUCAUUUGCUUAGGAGUGGUUGCUGUUGCCAUAUUUUUCUGUGGGAUGGGUUCAGUUACUAGCAACUCAAGGAUGGCUUAUGCUUUCUCUAGAGAUGGUGCAAUGCCUUUUUCGCCCUUGUGGCAUAAAGUGAACUCACAGGAGGUCCCCAUAAAUGCAGUUUGGCUUUCUGCUGCUAUAUCAUUUUGUAUGGCAUUGACGUCACUGGGAAGCCUUGUGGCAUUUCAAGCCAUGGUAUCAAUUGCAACUAUUGGACUCUACAUUGCUUAUGCCCUCCCCAUCUUCUUUAGGGUGACCUUGGCCCGUAAGUCAUUUAUUCCAGGACCUUUCAAUUUGGGCCGCUACGGAAUCCUUGUUGGCUGGGUUGCAGUUCUUUGGGUGAUAACAAUUUCAGUACUUUUCUCAUUGCCUGUGGCCUACCCCAUCACAACGGAGACUCUUAACUAUACUCCGGUCGCAGUUGGUGGCCUUCUUUUUCUCGCAGUUGCUUCUUGGAUCAUAAGUGCUCGACACUGGUUUAAAGGUCCAAUAACCAACAUAGAUACUUGAAGUAAUGUAACUGUAUCAUUCAUUGUUAUUCUUAGAAACAUCUAUAAUAUGGGAUCUUUCAUUUGA